AUGUUUAGCCACUCUGGGAUUAACCUUAGAAGAAUCUACAACAUCUACAGAGUUGAGUUGGUUUUCAAAAUUAAUGAACCAAAAUUUCAAAAUUUGACAUUUUAUAACAAACAAUAUUCAUGUUUUAAUUUUAAACCCGUUGGUUUCGUUUUUUCAGCCAAAAAUCCUAACGAUAGCAAAUCUGAUAUAAGUGCCGGGAAUCGUGUCCAAACCAGGGGGAUCAGGACCAGAGCAUUAGUGUCCAACUUUGAUAGUACUCACUACGUAGUUACAAACCCCAACACUGCGAAAAAUUGGCCUCCGGAACAUGACCAUGGCAGUCCAAUUAGCAGGGAAAGGUGUAAAAAGCUAAUGUGUGAGUUGAACGAACUUGAAAUUGAACGUUUGGAGAAGAUGCGCAAAUUUAACAUGCCUGAGCUUAAUUUGGGGGAGUUGGUAGAGGUAAAGUACGAACUUUCAAGAACUCAGCAAACUUUUGCUGUAUUCACAGGGUACUGUGUAGAUAUUAGAAAUCGAGGUUUAAACUCAUCGUUUAGCCUCAAAAACGCCUUCGAUGGAGUGGGAGUUACUCAACUUUUCCCUCUUUACUCUCCAAGGAUUUUAAACGUAAAGGUAGUAAAGAGUUUGAAUAAGGGUGAACGGAGUGAUUAUAAGCCUUUGACACGGGAUUACAGAUACAAAUUCCACUAUAACGUAAGGCAUAGAUUCUCUAAAAAGAGCGGAGUUCACAAACCUGGGAUUCGGAGCUUUGAAAUUAGGCUAAAGAACAGAAUCACAAGGCUGAAACAGAACUACUACAGAAUGAGGAUGGAGGCGGGUCUUCCUCCAUACAUUUGGCCUGGGCCAUACAACAUCAAUACCAGAAAGCGUUCAAAGUAUAAAUUUACAGCUAUUUUAUUGGUAUAUAUCAGGAAGUUAGAGGUGAAAUGUAUAGAAGAAUUGGGUUGUACAGCUUGGAUGAGCAACGAGCACGAAGUGAGAAGCUUAGCAAGAGGAGGAAGAGGUCAGCUUGGGGAAGGUAUAAGUUACCAGGCACUGAUUACCUUAAUAAACUCUCAAAAUAAUUUUUAUUCUUUUAUGUAA